AUGGAAAAUGCAGCGUUGACACCGACUCCACUGAGAGGUGGCAGCGAUACUAAGGCAACCGCUGUACAAAGUCAAUGUCAAGAAAACAAAAAUCUGACAAAAAAUUCCGGGCCAAGAAUGACGAAGAAGUUCUUGAAGGACCACUGCAAGCAGAACAAACUGUAUUGUACGCCAUAUCUGAAUGACACGCUCUACCUGCACUUUAAGGGUUUCUCCACCAUUGAGAACUUGGAGGAGUACACCGGGCUCAAGUGUUUGUGGCUAGAGAGCAACGGCUUGCAACGUAUCGAGAACCUGGAUGCGCAGAUUAACCUGCGCUGCUUGUUCCUGCAACAGAACCUGAUACAGAAGCUGGAGAACCUGGCCCCUCUGCAGAAGCUCUGCUCCCUGAAUGUCUCCAACAACUACAUCAACACUAUCGAGAACAUCUCCUGCCUGCCUCAGCUCAGCACCCUGCAGAUCGCCCACAACAAACUCGAGGUUGUGGAUGACAUCCAGCAUCUUAGCGAGUGCGUGGCCAUCACGGUUUUGGAUCUGUCCCACAAUCUCCUCCACGAGCCAGCCAUUAUUCCAGUCCUUGAGGCCAUGCCGGAACUACGUGUCCUGAAUCUGAUGGGCAACAAAGUGGUGACCAGAAUCCCCAACUACAGGAAGACCCUCAUCAUCCGCCUCAGGCAGCUCACCUUCCUGGACGACAGGCCUGUCUUCCCCAGGGAUAGAGCGUGUGCAGAGGCAUGGGCGCUUGGGGGGCUGGUGGGGGAGCGCAAGGAGAGGGAGCAGUGGGACAACCAGGAUAGGAAGAAAAUCCGGGACAGCUUGGAUGCACUAGCGUUACUUAAAAAGAAAGCCCAGAGGAAACAACACCUUAAAGAGGAAGCGAAGAGAGGUGAGCUUGAGUCUUCCUUCGCAUUAGAAACAUCUUGUGAGGAAUCAUCUGCUGAGAACAUCCAGAGCUUUGUGCAGGACUCCUUGGAUGCCCAGGAGGUGUUUCUCCAAAGUCAAACAACACAAUCCAAUGAAAACGAUGGAAAUGAUGAAGACUCAGAAGCAGACCAGCUUGAUGAAGAAUUGGAGGCCAAUGUUAAGAUGUCUGAGGAAGAUGAAGAACAACCUCAGCAGGCUGAUGGUGGUGGAGUAGAGGAUCAGGUUAUCAGCGAUGAAGCAGGAAGAGAAAUUCCAACAAUUGUAAAGUGUGAGGAUGCACAUCAGGAGAACCAACUUCAUGUAGUCAGGGUAGACCCACAAGGAGCAAGUCCACUGGAGACUCGACUGGAUGAUGCGGAUUUGCUGCAUGUUGAUAAUCUUCCUGUUCUUACUCCAAGCAUCCAAAGCUUAGUGCAGGACACAUUAGUUGCCCAUGAAGAGUUGUCCAAAGAAAAUGAAGCACAUCAGCUUGAUGAAGAGUUGGAGGCUGGAAAUAAGAUGUCUGAGAAAGUUGAUGGACAGGCUCAGCAGGCUGAUAAUGAAGAGAAUCAGGUUCUGUGUAAUGAAAAAAGAAGAGAACCUACAAUUUUGAGCAAUGCUAACGAAGAUGUAGAGAAGCGGCUUCCUUCGGUGAGGACGGACUCUCCUGAGGAGCAACAAAAUCCCAGCCUAGUAGGGAUUGGAUGGGCGCAUGCACAGCUGCAGCAUGUUGAUGAUCUUCCUGUUCUAGAGGAUGCGGAAUCACCUACUCCAAGCAUCCAAAGCUUAGUGCAGGACUCACUGGAUGCCCAAGAGUUUCUCCAAAGUCAGACAACACAGCUGUCCAAACAAAACCAAGAAAGCAAAUACGACCAGCUUGAUGCAGAGUUGGAGGCUGGAAAGAAGUUGCCUGAGAAAGUUGAUGAACAGACUCAGCAGGCAGAUGGCCAGGAGAAUCUUGGAGAUGAAACAAGAAGAGAACCUACAAUUGUGAGUCAUGCAAAUGAGGAGCAAGAGAACCAGGUUCAUUCAGUGUGGAUAGAUUCUGCCAAGGCAGUACAAAAUCCCAGCACACUAGUGACCGGACUAGAGGAUGCAGAGCUGCUGCAUGCUGAUGACCUUCCUAUUCUUGAGGAUGCGGAACCACCUAUUCAAAACUUUGUGUGGGACAAAUUGGACUCCCAUGAGGCGUUUCUCCAGAGACAAACAUAUCUGUCCAACGAAAACCAGCAAAACGACAAAAACUCUGAAACAAACCAGCCUGAUGACAAGUUGGAGGUUGAAAAUAAAAUAUCUGAAGAAGAUGAACAGACUCAGCAGACAGAUGGUGAGGAAGAUCAGCUUCACCACGUUGAUGAACCAGAAAGAGAACUGCCAACAGUUGCAAACCAUGAAAGCAAGCCACAGGGGAACCAGCUUCCUUCUGUCAGUGUAGACCCUCCAGAAGACCUAAAGGUUUCCACUUCAACGGGUUCUAGACUAGAGGAAGCAGAACUGCUCUAUAUUGAUGGGCCACCUGCUGCGGCUGUCUUUGUGCAGGACACACUGGAGGCCCAUAAGGAGUUUCUCCACAGUCAACCCAAUGAAAACCAGGAAAACUACAAAGGCUCCAAAUCAAAGCAAUUUGAUGAAAGAGUAGAGGCAAAGAUUGAAGAUGAAAUGUUUGAAGAACAACAAGAAAAUGCUCAACAGGCCGAUGGAGAAAAGGCUCAUGGUGAUGAAGCAGAGCCUGAGGAAGAUGAACAGGCUGAUGGAGAGGAGGAUCAUGUCGUUGUUGAUGAAACAAAAAGAGAACCUACAAAUGUGAGUCAUGUAAAGGAGGAGCAGAAAAAACAGCUUCAUUCGAUGAGCGUAGACUCACCCGAAGAACUGCUAAGUCCUGGUGCACCUGGGACUAGAACGGAGGACACAGAGCCACUGCACACUGCUUUUCAUGCUCUUGGGGAUGUGGAACCGCCUGUUCAGAAUAUUCAUAGCUUUGUGCAGGACACACUGGAGGCACAGGAGGAGACACUACAGUCUGAUGAAAUCCAAGAAAAGCGCUUUGAAGCGAACAUGUGUGCAGAACAGUAUGAACAGACUCAGCAUGCCGAUGGAGAAGAGUAUCGCGUUCCUGGUGAUGAAGCAGGAAGAGAAUGUACAAUCAAUGUUGAGAGCGUGCUGCAGGAGAAGCAGUUGGUCAGGGUAGAGCCCCAAGGUCUAUGUCCACUAGAGACUGGGCAGCAGGAUGAAGGGCCACUGCAUGCUGAUGUUCCCGCUCUUCAAGAUGUUGUCAAACUUGCUGGAAACAUCCAGAGCUUUGUGCAAGUCACACCGGGGAACCAUGAGGAGUUUGUCCAGAGCCAAACGACACAGCAGACCAAUGAAAACCAGGAAAAUGACAAAGUCUUACAGUCACAAUCAGAGCAGCGUAAGGAAGAGUCAGAGGACAAGAUCAAAUAUAAGAUGUCUGAAGAAGAGGAUGAACACGCUCAGCAGGUGGAUGAAGAGGAUAAUCAGGUUCUCAGCGAUAAAGCAGGGAGAGAGCUUACUUCUGUGAUGUUAGAUUCUUUUGAAAAAUCACAUGACCCCAGUCCAAUGGUAACUGGGCUACAGGAUGUGGAACCACCUGCUGAUAACAUGCAUAGCUUUUUGCAGGACACAUUGGAGAUCCACCAGAGUCAAUCAGAGCAUUCCAAUGAAAAACUGGAUGAAGACUCGAAAUCAGAGCAGUUUGAAGAAGAGUUGGCUGUUGAGAUCCAAGAGAAGAGGUCUGAAGAAAAUGAACAGGCUGAUGGAGAGGAGGAUCACAUUCUUGGUGAUGAAACAAAAAGAGAGCCUACAAAUAUAAUUCAUGUAAAGGAGGAGCAGAAAAAACAGCUUCAUUCGAUGAGCGUAGACUCACCCAAAGAACUGCUAAGUCCUGGUGCACCUGGGACUAGAAUGGAGGACAUAGAGCCACUGCACAUUGCUCUUCAUGCUCUUGGGGAUGUGGAACCGCCUUUUCAGAACAUUCAUAGCUUUGUGCAGGACACACUGGAGGCCCAGGAGGAGACACUGCAGUCUGAUGAAAUCCAGGAAAAGCGCUUCGAAGCAAACAUGUGUGCAGAACAAUAUGAACAGACUCAGCAUGCCGAUGAAGAAGAGUAUCGCGUUCCUGGUGAUGAAGCAGGAAGAGAAUGUACAAUCAGUGUUGAGAGCGUGCUGCAGGAGAAGCAGUCGGUCAGGGUAGAGCCCCAAGGUCUAUUUCCACUGGAGACUGGGCAGCAGGAUGAAGGGCCACUGCACGCUGAUGAUGUUCCUGCUUUUCAAGAUGUUGUAGAACUUGCUGGAAACAUCCAGAGCUUUGUGCAGGUCACACCAGGGAACCAUGAGGAGUUUGUCCAGAGCCAAACGACACAGCAGACCAAUGAAAACCAGGAAAAUGACAAAGUCUUCCAAUCACAAUCAGAGCAGCGUAAGGAAGAGUCAGAGGACAAGAUCAAAGAUAAGAUGUCUGAAGAAGAGGAUGAACACGCUCAGCAGGUGGAUGAAGAGGAUAAUCAGGUUCUCAGCGAUAAAGCAGGGAGAGAGCUUCCUUCUGUGAUGUUAGAUUCUUUUGAAAAAUCACAUGACCCCAGUCCAAUGGCAACUGGGCUACAGGAUGUGGAACCACCUGCUGAUAACAUGCAUAGCUUUUUGCAGGACACAUUGGAGAUCCACCAGAGUCAAUCAGAGCAUUCCAAUGAAAAACUGGAUGAAGACUCGAAAUCAGAGCAGUUUGAAGAAGAGUUGGCUGUUGAGAUCCAAGAGAAGAGGUCUGAAGAAAAUGAACAGGUUGAUGGAGAGAGGUAUCACAUUCUUGGUGAUGAAACAAAAAGAGAGCCUACAAAUAUAAUUCAUGUAAAGGAGGAGCAGAAAAAACAGCUUCAUUCGAUGAGCGUAGACUCACCCGAAGAACUGCUAAGCCCUGGUGCACCUGGGACUAGAAUGGAGGACAUAGAGCCACUGCACAUUGCUCUUCAUGCUCUUGGGGAUGUGGAACCACCUGUUCAGAACAUUCAUAGCUUUGUGCAGGACACACUGGAGGCCCAGGAGGAGACACUGCAGUCUGAUGAAAUCCAGGAAAAGCGCUUCGAAGCAAACAUGUGUGCAGAACAAUAUGAACAGACUCAGCAUGCCGAUGAAGAAGAGUAUUGCGUUCCUGGUGAUGAAGCAGGAAGAGAAUGUACAAUCAAGAUACAAGAUACAAGAGAGUUUCAUUGUCAUGUGCAUAGUAUCAGUGUUGAGAGCGUGCUGCAGGAGAAGCAGUCGGUCAGGGUAGAGCCCCAAGGUCUAUGUCCACUGGAGACUGGGCAGCAGGAUGAAGGGCCACUGCACACUGAUGAUGUUCCUGCUUUUCAAGAUGUUGUAGAACUUGCUGGAAACAUCCAGAGCUUUGUGCAGGUCACACCAGGGAACCAUGAGGAGUUUGUCCAGACCCAAAUGACACAGCAGACCAAUGAAAACCAGGAAAAUGACAAAGUCUUCCAAUCACAAUCAGAGAAGCUUAAGGACGAGUCGGAGGACAAGAUCAAAGAUAAGAUGUCUGAAGAACAGGAUGAGCACACUCAGCAGGUGGAUGAAGAGGAUAAUCAGGUUCUCAGUGAUAAAGCAGGGAGAGAGCUUCCUUCUGUGAUGUUAGAUUCUUUUGAAAAGUCACAUGACCCCAGUCCAAUGGCAACUGGGCUACAGGAUGUGGAACUACCUGCUGAUAACAUGCAUAGCUUUGUGCAGGACACAUUGGAGAUCCACCAGAGUCAAACAGAGCAUUCCAAUGAAAAACUGGAUGAAGACUCGAAAUCAGUGCAGUUUGAAAAAGGGUUGGCUGUUGAGAUCCAAGAGAAGAAGUCUGAGGAAGAUGAAGAACAGGCUCAGUGGGCGAUUGGAGAGGAGGAUCAGGUCCUUGGCAUCGAAGCAGGAAGAGAAUCUACAACAAUUGUAAGCGAUAGGAGUGAGCACCAUGAGAACCGGCUUCCUUCAGUGAAGGUAAACCCCCCUAGAGAACCACGUGGUCUUGGUCCACUAGAGACUGGGCUACAGGAUGCAGAACCACCACACAUUGAUGAUCUAACUGAUCCUCAGGAUGUGGAUUCACCUGCUGAUAACAUCUACAACUUUGUCCAGGACACAUUGGAGAUCCAUCAAAGUCAAACACAGCAAUCCAAUGAAAAACUACAAGAAGACCCCAAAACAGAGCAGCUUGAUGAAGGAUUGGUGGCCAAGAUUCAAGAUAAUAUGUCUGAAGAAGAUGAACAGGUUCAGCAGGGGGAGGGGGAGGAGCAACAGGUUCUUGGCAAUCAAACCAAAGAAUCUACAAUUAUGGAUCAUUCAAUUGAGGAGCAGGAGAACCUGCCUCCCUCUGACAGGGUCGAUUCUUCUGGUGAUGCACAUGGUCCAUGUUUACUGGCGACUGAACUGCAGGAUGCAGAGUCACUGAAAAACAAUGGUCUUCCUGUUCUUGAGUAUGUGGAACCACCUGUUGCGAAUAUCCAUUACUUUGUCCAGGACACAUUGGAGAGCCUCCAAAGUCAAACACAACAAUCCAGUGAAAAACUGGAAGAAGAUUCCAAAUCAGAAAUGCUUGAUGAAGGGUUGGUGGCCAAGAUCCAGGAUAAGAUGUCUGAAGAAGAUGAACAGGUUGUUGGUAAGGAGCAUCAUGUUCUUGACAGUCAAACCAGAGAGCCUACAAUUGUGAACCAGUCAAGUGAGGAGCAGGAGAAGCAGCCUCCCUCUGACAGGGUAGAUUCUGCUGAAGAAGCACACAGUCCAUGUCGACUGGAGACUGAACUGCAGGAUGCAGAGCCACUGAAAACUGAUGUCCAGCAUUUGGAACCACCAGUUGAGAACACCCAUAGCUUUGUCCAGAACACACUGGAGAGCCUCCAAAGUCAAACACAGCAAUCCAAUGAAAAAUUUGAAGACUCCAAAUUAGAGCAGCUUUACAAAGAAUUGGCUGUUGAGAUCCAAGAUAAGAUGUCUGAGGAAGAUGAAGUGUAUCAGUGGGUGAAUAGAGAGGAUGUUCAAGUUCUUGGCAAUGAACCAGGAAGAGAAUUUACAAGCCAUGAGAACCAGCAUCCUUCUGUGAAGGUAGACUCUCCUAAAGAAGCACAUGGUCCUGGUCCCCUAGAGACUGGACUGCAGGAUGCAGAACCGCUUUACAUUGAUGAUCUUCCUGAUCUUCAGGAUGUGGAGCAUCCGAAAGAAAUGUUCUCGAAUCUGUGGAUGUUUAAACCAAAAGUCCAAGUCCUGUCUGUAGAUGGAUCAGUCAUCAGGUCCUCAAAUCCCGACAUGUCGUUUUUUUUAACGAGUGACUACUCCAAGCCAACUGAACCUCCUCAUGACUCAUCACUGCUCGAUCCAGAAGAUCACCACCACCACCUGGAGCCGCUGGCUUUGGAGCUGGAAGAAAAAUACAGGCUGCACAUUGGAAAGAAAAAUGUGGCCAGCUCACAGGUGCUCCUUUAA